AUGUCAUCAACAAAUUACAUAACGGAUGAGGUGGCACCAGAUAUGAUUUCCCCCCAUGAUCAUAGACCUUCCAAAGAUGAGCCUUUGAAGCAUCUAGAUACAGUUAUUGCUCUAUACGAUUUCCCUGGUACUCAGUCGUCUCAUUUACCACUAAACUUGGGCGACACCAUUCAUGUCUUAUCGAAGUCAGCAACUGGAUGGUGGGAUGGGGUAGUAAUGGGUAACAACGGGGAGCUUCAACGAGGCUGGUUUCCUCAUAAUUAUGUACGAUCGGUGAACUAUGUGCAACCAGUAUUGAAAAAACUAAAAGAUAACAAAGAUCUCGAUUCAAUAACCGCGGCUAACACGGCUGCUAAUGUGGUGAUGCCAUCUUUGACUAACUUGAUUCAAAAAAGCUUACAAGAAUCUGAACGGAACAGUCCUGCAAACUCAACAAGAAAAAACUCGGUGGUGAGUUUUGCUAGCUCUGAAACAAGCAUGCCAAGCGAUUCAAAGUAUACACAACAACAGACAAAUACGAAUCAAAACUCGCUUGAAUAUCAACUGAUCUCGUUGCCAUCUACUCGAGAUCACAGCACAGUGGACAUGCAACCAUCUUCACAACAACCUUCGAUUUCACACACUCUAACUGGAUUUGGAACUGGUGACGAUGAAAUCAUUCCCAUGGAAGUAGGAGAAGCAGAGAGAUUGAUGGAAGAGUACAGGUUCAAGUAUAACAAAACAGUGACUUGGAUUCCGCGAACGUCAACCAAGGGAGACAUAAUUUUCUACUGUGAACAACUUGAUGUAUAUUGUGAAUCGCUACCUUUGAUUUUGUUUGAUGCAGAGGCCCCGCUGCCAAACUUGGAAUACUCUGGAAGUGAAGUAAUCAUGGACCCGACCCCAAUUUCGGUUCAAGGGUCACAAUCGAUGGAAAACAUAUUGGAUACUCGAGAAGGAUCAACUGCAGGCUCGUUUGAUUCUACCAAGCGUGAUUCGAAUGUAUCGAUGAGCACUCAAAGUUCCGGGUCAUCAUAUCAUCGUUUCAGUCGGCCUUUUUUCUCUAUGGACAAUCUAUUCUAUAAACAUUCGUCAGACAUAGGUACGUGGAAUGAACUAAAGGAACAAUGUAAUUAUAUUUUGGAUUUGAUGUUGAAGGCUAUUAAGGAUCAAAACAGGCAGUUGUUUAGCACCCAUUUUUCCCGAUUGAAUAAACUUGUGGUGGCUUUGUGUGCUGCAGUCAGAUUGAACCAAGAAGACUACGUUGACACCAAGUAUGAGAGCUCUACAAGAAGAAAGUUGAAACGUGUGUGUGCGUCAUUUGCUCAAAUUUACAUUAACGGUAUCUUACAUUUAAGUGUGUUGCACUACUCCCUCGAUGGAUUUAAUGAGGGUCGUUUAUUUGGUUACGACAUGAGCAAAUUGAAUCGAUCCAGCUCUAACAGCGCAUUUCAGUCACCAGCAUCCUCGCUCUCAACAAUACGUCAGGGUUCAGAUGAUAGCACUCGUUUUGCCCAAAAAUUGAGCCAGGACAAGAAUAAUGAAGGAAAUAGUGAUAUUAAUUAUAUUAACCAGUUGGUUUAUGAAAUUGAUAAUUUGCGUGAGAAUGUCGACUCAAUUGUGAAAAUAUUUCUUAAGCUUAGCACGAAUAAAAAAAUCAGAAAUUCUGACUAUGACUCCUCAGAUGCAUCAGAUGAUGAAGGUGAAGAUCGAUUUGAUAUUUUGCCACAAGUAUAUCCUCGGUUUUUGGUCGACGAAUUUAAUGGCGGAAACUGGUGCAACCCGUUUUUUUCCACAAAGAACACCGUUUUGAAUGUCAGUGGGGACGACUUGAAGAAUCGCUAUCAUACAAAAAUUAUAAUUGAUCAUUCUGCGUACGAAUCCCUUUCCCAGUAUGUCGAUAAGAUAGUUGAUGCGUGUGAGAAUAUAUUGGAAGCUCUUGAUCCAAAAGUUCAAACCACCUUUUAUUAUAAUGAGAUGUUAAGAAGUGAAAGGAACACGCAAAUUUUGCGUUUAACUUAUAAAUCACUUUACCAUUGCAGUGCUAUGGUUGAUUUGAUAGAAUCUUUUGAUUUUACUGUGUUUUGCAGUGUCAAAAGACAUAUGGCUAACGCAAUUGAUGCAGAGGAUGAAAGUUUUGAGAAUCCAAGUGUUUGGGGAGAUCACUACGAUUCAAAUUUAUCAUUUGACUAUCCUGUCGUUUUAGAGUUCUUCCGCUUGAAACAAGAAUUACAUGAUUUGGUUGCAAAGAUUAUCAUGGCAACCCAGUCAUUGACUUUGGAAGAUCCUGAAGUCUUUAAAGGUUUGAAAGAAGAAGAUCCUUUAUUCUAUAACCGUGAAAUAUCAAAAAUACCCAAGGAGAAGGCAGCGUUGUUGUUAUCAUCUAUUUUAAAAGAGCAGCUCACCUUUAAGGAUGGAGGAGCUAUUUCACUAAACCCAGACACAUUGUUGUCAGGAUAUUUAGUAGAGAUCACUAAGACCACAAAAGCUGUGCUCUUGAUAACUCAACAAUUGAUUGAGGAGCGAGAAACAAUUAUCAAUUACGCUACACGAGUGAUGCAAGACAACUUCGAUGUGCAGUUAUUACUUGUUGAAAGAAAUAAUACGUCGUCGUCAGAAAAGACGGACGAGAACUCAUACUAUGUUGGUGGCCAUAAAAAGUCAAAUGAUGUUCCAUGGUAUUUGGAAGGUGAUGAUGAAUAUGAACUAUUGUUGGAUGUGAAGGGAAACAUUAAGGGUGGCUCAAAGGAAGCCUUGGUGUCUCAUUUGACGCACCACCUUUUGCUUGAUAGCAAUUUCAAUUCAGUAUUUUUAUUAAUGUUUUCUUCCAUGAUGCUGCUUGGCGAAUUGAUAUCUUUACUAAUUGCCAGGUUCAAUAUUGAACCUCCGGAAGGUUUGAGUUAUGAGGAAUACAACCUAUGGGUUUCGAAAAAGAGGAACCCUAUACGCUUGAGAGUUAUGAAUAUUAUGAAACUUUUGCUUGAAAAACAUUGGUCUCAGUCUUAUUACAAUGAAACUGUUCUUCGCAGAUGGUUGGCGUUUGCUCAAUCGAGCCAAGUUCAAACCUAUUCAAUGGGAAGUUUGUUAGUUAAUUAUUUGGAAAAGCUACUUCGUGGUGAGAUAAUUUAUGUCGAAAGAGAUCCUGUCAUUCCAAAUACCAAGCCUCCUGCUCCAUUAACCAAAGGCUCGUCUUUACUGAAAAAGCCAAGGAUAAUGGAUAUUGAUUAUGUCGAGUUGGCACGUCAAUUGACAUUACGUGAGUUCAAAUUGUAUUGCAAGAUUACUAAGUUUGCAUGUUUAGCAAAAGUUUGGGGUAAGAAGUCAGGGCUCAGUGAGAGCAUUGAUAGUAUCACUCAAUUCAUCAAAGCUUCCAAUCAGUUGACUAACUUUGUUGGAUACAUGAUUUUGAGAAAAGCAGAUCCGAAGAAAAGGGUCCAAAUUAUUCGCUACUUUAUUCAAGUAGCCGAUAAGUGUCGACAAUACAAUAACUUUUCAUCGAUGACAGCAAUUAUAUCUGCUUUGUACUCGUCUCCAAUCCAUCGUUUAAAGAAAACGUGGGAGUAUAUGAAUUCUGAUGCGUUGUCCAAUUUAAAGAACAUGAAUAAAUUGAUGAAUUCAUCGAGAAACUUCAACGAGUAUCGAGAUGUUUUGAAGUUUAUUGGAUCAGAGCCAUGUGUGCCAUUUUUUGGUGUGUACUUAUCUGAUUUGACAUUUGUUUACCAUGGCAACCCUGACUAUUUAUAUAACAGAACAAGACAAGUAAACUUUGCUAAACGUACUAAAACCUCAGAGAUUGUUUCGGGAAUAGAUCGUUUUAAAACUAUGGGGUAUAAUUUCCAGGAGGUCCCUGAGAUUCAAAAGUUUCUCGAUGCAUGGUUUGAGAAGUGUCCUACGAUCGAUGAACAGUACCAGCUAUCGUUGAACUUGGAACCUCGAGAACAACAAGCUGGUACCAGUAAUAGUAUUACUACUGCAAACACCACCACCAUCAAGAGUUUCAAGCCGUUUUCACUAAAGUAG